GGGGAUGGGGUCUAUGGAUGUAUUUGACGAGCCCUCUCACUGGAAGCAUGUAUGGUGCGCAAAUGCUGCACAUGCACACGUUACAUGGAUCCACCGAUUACUAGGCAACGAAGGGAAUCAAAAUCAACCAAAAACGUGACUUUGCUCAGCAAAUGUGUUUGUGUCUCCUACCUCGUACAAUGGUGGAUCGAUUAUCAUGCAAAUGAAUGUUAAAAUACAAGAUAUCAGCAAUGUUUGACCUGUAGUAAGUAGUGGACUCCCAUUGUCAACUACUACUGCAUGUUGUCUUAUUUUGAAGGAGGAAACACCACUGUUGCCGUCGCUGCUACUGCUAGCUUGCAAAAGAUAAGCUGCGGAAGCAAUGCAAACAAAUUGACGUGAUUCACGGAAGGCAUUAGCUGCAGCUAAGUUAGCUCAAAGCUAAUGGAUUUGGAUGCGCGACAGUGUGGGGCGCUUUUCAAGCCGGAAGUGCGUUGUACACACAGCGUCCUUCCUAAAUCGUGCUGCGUUGAGUGCAAGUCAAGCAGGUAGCCACACUUGAGUAUCCCCGCAGCGAGGACGUCGCAUGUUCGUUUUUGGGAGAAAGCUUGGAAUUUAAAAUCCAUGUCAGCUUAUUUCUUUUGCAAUCAAUCCCAAGCGUAGGAGCAGUGAUAUCAUGUGGGAGUCACAUGAAUGAAAAGGAUGAGGCCUGAUCAACAAGGGAGCAUCUUGAGGAGAGAGCCCACUGCACACUGUGUGUCCCUGGGUGGGGGUUUGCUGUAAAGGUCCUGCAUAAGCAGCCCCCUGUAGACCCUUGCCCUGAUUGUAUGCAAUGAAUAGUACCACUCCGUCCCCCACCAUUAAUGGGGACGUGGCGGUCGGCUAUGUGUUGGUGCCGUUCUUCCUCAUCACCAUCAUUGGAAUAGCUGUAGCGGUGAUCUUGUACAUUCGUAAAAAACAGAGACUUGACAGACUUCGGCAUCAGUUGUUACCAAUCUACUCAUAUGACCCCUCUGAGGAGGUGAAUGAAGCUGAACAAGAGAUGCUGUGGCGAGAAGAGGACACCAGAGUUGUUCAAGGUUGGGCAAGAAGUUACCAACAGCGACGCCCACUUCUCACCGAAGAUGCUUGAAAAAUACAAACCAUGGCAAUGCCAGACAAUAUCUGCACUAACCAGAAGGAUUGUUUUUUUGUUUUUUGUUUGUCUCCCCCUUUAAUCUUGAAGUACAACAAGUGAGGCAUUGGUAGUAUGAUCAACCUUCAUCAUAUUUCAUGUAAACUAUUUAUUCACAAGCUUUCACUGGAUUUCAGUGUCCCAAGUUAAAGCGGGUACAUCUUGCUGGAGCAUAUAAAUUUCCUUUGUUCAAGUCAGUCCCGUGCCUACUGCUCACACUUCUAUCUGGCUAGUCGAGCAUUACUGAACAUUGUGGACCUGCCAUUGUGUUGGCAUUCAUUCUGGACUGCAGUUGUUGCAGCACCUUAGGAAAAACACCUUCACAGAUAACAACUGAGAAUUGAAGUAAUCAUCUUUCUGAAUAAGUAAGCUGUUAAUGAAAAAAACUAUUUUGCGUGUGAUUCACUUUCUGUUUCAUUCAAGGAAUGUAUGGGAUAUUUUUUUUCAUUUACAAAAACAAAAAAACAAUUCCUGUCCUGUGAUCUGGAUCUUUGUGUGUUUUUUCCCAAAUCCUGUGAGUCGCAUGGAAGGCAUGAAAACCUCAAUAUGAACAUAAACAAGAUCCAAUGUUCUUCUGAAUGACUCCUGCUCCAAAUAUGCCCUGUGCAGAAGACAUGACACCAGCGCAGGUUCACCUCCAGCCAGAGAUGAGUGCCAUCGUUCUGACUGUAUUCGAUGAUAGACCCACCUACUCCGCCCCCCCGCCCCCUCAAUUGUUUGAAGCCCCUCUGGACUCUUGUUAGUGCAGAUGCAUCACACAGAAUUUCUUCGUUGAAUUAAUUUGCGCAAGUUAUGCAAUGUGAUCGAGAGGAAAUGUGUGUGUUAUCCAGUUUAUUUGGUUGAAAUGUGAUGUUCCUGUCGGAUUCAUUGAGGCUCGUUUUCCUCAAAAUAUUUAAACUGCUGUACAGUCAUACUAGAGUUGUACUUGUUACUGAGCCACUGAAUUCCACUUAAACUUGAAUGGGUAACUGUUCAUGUAAAUUUAUCUGCACUGUUAUGAAGCCUCACUUCUUAAAUAUUUUUUCUGCUCUGGGUUGUUGAUUUUAAGUUUGCUGAAGAAAACAUUUCUGUCAAUGUAGGCUUUUUUUUAAAAAAUAUUAUGUCUGAUGACUGCAUUGUCCCUGCAACACGAUCAGUCAUUACUAGUUAUUACACUGGGAGUACUGACAGAAAAUAUACUUUGACCAAAAACAUUUUGUUUUGUUAUUUAUAAAUAUAGAUAUUGCAUUGAGAAACGUAAUCCUCAAAAACCUAGAAAGGUACUGUUUUUUUACCUCUACCCAAAUUGCCCUUGCCAGCUUGUGGGAAGUAUUCAAAAUUGGUGAGGUACUUGUAUGAACAGACUGAUCUCUAAAUGUUUCCCUUGUGUCUGGUAGGAUAAUGCAUCUUAUACUCUACUUGCAAAAAGAUAUGAAUAUUUGUCUUUCAGGUGAUUCUGAAAUGCACUAUAACCAUUACAGGUAAACUUAAUUUGACCUCAAAACUUUUGAAUGGAUGUCCAACUGUUUGAUGCUUCAGUACUUUUUGCACAACUUACUGUUCUGUAACAAGCUGAAUAGCAAAAUUCACAAGUUUUUCAUUUCCAAGGACACUUCUAUGCCUUUCUGUGACCCUUCCAGUCCCUCUGUAUUCUGCAUACUUCUGAUGACACUCAGUUGCACCCAAAGCCCACUUCCCUCUGAGAAAAUGCUGUUUGGAUCAUUUUAUUGGUAGGUGUCUUGGUCUCAUGAUGUAAAAAUGUUAACAUGAUGAAGAGGAGGACUGUAAAUACCAUUUCUAAUUAAAUCAGGAUAUCGCUACCGCAGGCAUGUACCUGGCAUCUCCAAAACCAUCACUUUUCAAGAAACUUAAAAAAAAAAAAACAAUAGCAUGUUUGUUGAGCCACUGACAUUGUAUCAUCAAAGAGAGAGCCAAUUUCAACAAAAUAACAUACCCACGUGGGGACUGAGCAAUGGUAUUGAUUUGUGGAAAAAACAUAAAAUUGAUCAAAUUUGGACAUAGGUGGGCGGCACGGGGCGGCACGGUGGCCGACUGGUUAGAGCGUCAGCCUCACAGUUCUGAGGUGCGGGGUUCAAUCCCCGUCCCCGCCUGUGUGGAGUUUGCAUGUUCUCCCCGUGCCUGCGUGGGUUUUCUCCGGGCACUCCGGUUUCCUCCCACAUCCCAAAAACAUGCAUUAAUUGGAGACUCUAAAUUGCCCGUAGGCAUGACUGUGAGUGCGAAUGGUUGUUUGUUUCGAUGUGCCCUGCGAUUGGCUGGCAACCAGUUCAGGGUGUACCCCGCCUCCUGCCCGAUGACAGCUGGGAUAGGCUCCAGCACGCCCGCGACCCUAGUGAGGAGAAGCGGCUCAGAAAAUGGAUGGAUGGAUGGGCGGCACGGUGGAUGACUGGUUAGAGCGUCAGCGUCACAGUUCUGAGGACCCGGGUUCAAUCCCCGGUCCCGUCUGCGUGGAGUUUGCAUGUUCUCCCCGUGCCUGCGUGGGUUUCCUCCCACAUCCCAAAAACAUGCAUUAAUUGGUGACUCUAAAUUGCUCGUAGGUGUGACUGUGAGUGCGAAUGGAUGUUUGUAUGUGCCCUGCGAUUGGCUGGCAACCAGUUCAGGGUGUACCCCGCCUCCUGCCCGAUGACAGCUGGGAUAGGCUCCAGCACGUCCGUGACCCUAGUGAGGAGAAGCGGCUCAGAAAAUGGAUGGAUGGACAUAGGUGUUGGCCAGAUGCUAGUGGUAUAUGCAUUGGUCAAAUAAUGGAUCAUACACCUGUGAUGAAUUUUGCCUUUGAGCUUGUUGGAGAACACCAAGUUGUGCAAAAUGAUAAGCAUGGAACUGUUGGACGUAUGUGUUCAAAAGUUAAGAACAGGUCAAACUUAGCUCACCUAUUAUUAUUUCACCGAAAAGCCAAAUGUAGUCAACUUGAACAACAAUAAAUUCAAAGCAAAGCA